AGAGCAUUGCUGUGUGAAUGACGGUGUCAAUGUUUUGGUAGCAUCCUGUAGCAUCAUGGCAGGGAUGGCAAUCGCACCGCUGAGACCCUGGGAGGAUUUUUUCCCUAGUGUUGACCGAUUCUCUAAACCUGAUGUAUCUGAUUUGAGCAAAUGGAAUAAUAGAGUGAUCAGUAAUCUGCUCUAUUAUCAGACGAAUUAUUUUGCUGCUGCCAUCGUCGUGUGUUUGAUUGUCGGUGUUCUGAACCCCUUGGGCAUGUUUCUUGGUGGCGCUGUUGUAGCUCUGGUCUUCAUGGGCUCUGUGUGGGCUGGAGAGAACCAGACUAUGAUCAAGAACUUUAAGAGGAAGAAUCCGACUCUGUUUGUGGUUGCUGUUAUGGGAAUCAGCUACUUCCUGCUAUCCUUGUGUGGAGGGGUGAUGGUUUUUCUCUUUGGUAUUACAUUUCCCAUGCUAUUGAUUCUCAUCCAUGCUUCUCUGAGACUUCGAACCAUGAAGAACAAGUUGGAGAACAAAAUUGAGGUUGUUGGCCUAAAGAAGACACCAAUGGGAGUCAUAAUGGAUCUCUUGGAUCAGCAAGAAGAAAAAGUCAACAAAAUCCAGGAUUUCUUGGAGAGUAAGCUAAAAGAUUGAGCAUCAAAGCCAUCAAUGUCUUUUUGUUUAUUAUUGUGAAUAUUCUCACAACAGAGAUCCCUUUUUAAUAUAAGUAUGUUAAAUCAUCCAUCUUUAUCCCUUGACCAUUCAUUUUAAUGUAUGAUAAAAAAAUCUGUUUAAUAGUGUUUUUAUUUCUUGCUAUGAUAAAAAAAUAAAUUUACAUUCAUUAA